AUGUCCUCGUCUAGCCACGGGGCUGUUCCACAUAUGGACUCCACCAACGUAUCUGUGCCCAAGACUGCCUGCCUCUCCGUAGUGCAGCGAGUUUCACACGCCGGCGGAGUCUCCGAGCCUGCUGGCUCUAUGGGCAGCGAUGCCGCGCCUGAGUCUAUCGACUUGAUUUGCUCUUCCAGUUGUCUGAUAUUCGCAAUCGUCUCUUCCAAGGCGGCUUCGUGCUUCUUCUUGCGCCACAAGGCAGCCAUGACGACUAUCAGCUACGUCAGCGUCGGCCCCCUCCCAUUUGAACCCUGCGUUCGCCAUCGGGGUGUAUACAGUUCUCGUUCGUUCUGGCGUGCUUCCGGGCCAGGCCCUGCUCGAAAUCUACUUGGCUCUGCAAGUGCCGCUCUCGCUGCCGCAGAAAACCCAGACUCGCCCGCAAUCUGUCAAUCGCAUCUUUUCGGGUGUCUUUGUUGCGCGGCGAAGCGCCGCCAUGCCAGCUCCACAUCGCCGCCAACGCUGCUGAAGAACCGGAUGCAGGCGGGCGAAGUAUUCCAGGCAAGAAGUGGUGGGAAAGCGCACCUAGGCAGGAACGUGUCCAAGUCACAUGCAAUAAAUAGGGUUGAUUGUGUCAAGGUAGCAGUGCUUUUUGCGAGCAGCGAAGCUAUAUUGCACUCUGGCGGCUGCUUACGAACCAUUGCACGUGUUGUGAGGCUUCCAAACCGGGUCAUUGGUCACAGCGACAGCUGCCUGGCAGGCAGUGAUCUUAUUCCGCCUAGUACAACGGCCGCUGGCGAAGAAGCUCACAAUCAACCUAGUGUGCGCAAGCAAUCAUUAAAUGGGAGAUGCGAGGUACACGUAGAUAGCUACGCGUCCACCCAUGACAAAAUCUGUCACUGGGUGUACGGAGUAGUCAAGGACUUUUAUGUUGCUGAAGUCGGCGCGACCUGGCGGAGCACUGCGCGAAACGGCACAAGCCCUGUAAAUGAGAUGCACGUUGCUCAAUGGCGUUGCUCGAAACACGUUGCGCGGCAGCUUCAUAAACAGGUCACCACGCUAGUCGCCGCAUGGCUGGACCUGUCUAGUUCAUUGAUAGCACGUUCCGCCAUCGGCGUCGAAUCCUUUGCCCGGUAG